AUGGCCGACCCUCUCAUUAUUCCAGAGUUGCUCGAAAACAUAUUCAGUGUCUUAGCCAAGGAUAAAGUGCUCUAUCCUGCUUUAUUUGUCAAUCGCCUUUGGUAUUACUGCAGUGCACCAAUUCUAUGGAGACAUAUUGAGUUUUCCAUAGAAGGUUAUCGGCGGAACCGAUGUAAUAAAAAUAUAUUUGGACCUCUUUAUUGGCAAUUAAGAAAGUUUAAAAGAGUUAUAUGCGAAAAGACAAAACCUCUCUAUUGCUCAAAGAUGGUGUAUCUCAAAAUGGCGGGUUUAAAAAUCUCGGAUGCAUUACUUAAUAGUAACAUUUCCAGUGCAUCUGUGAUUGAAAUAGCACGAUCUUGUCCCAAUCUAGUAUAUUUAAACCUCAAUGGACAACCUUCUAUUAAUGAUGAAUCAAUUUGUGCAAUUGCACGCUCAUGUGUAAAUCUUCAACACCUGGAUUUGUCGUUCAAUGAAAUAAUUACGGAUGAAGCUAUAUGUGCGAUUGCAACUGGCUGUCCAGAUAUGCGAAAUUAUUUUCUCGAAGACUGUGAAUGGAUAACCAAUAAAUCAAUCAAAAAAACCGCACAGUUAAAUCGAAACCUGCAAAAGCUUAUUCUCACUUCCUGUUACAAAAUUACAGAUGAUGCUGUAUUUCUCAAUGCAAAGAAAUGCCCAUUUAUUUCUGAUGAAUCAAUCUACUAUCUAUUAAGCAAAAAACCAGCACUAGAGCUAAUAUUGGAUUGGGUUCCGUGA